GGCUUGACCCGUAGUUGCUCACGAGCUAAACAUUUUUCUUCUUUAAAGUUGCAUAUAUUCAAAGACUGAAAAGAUUUGAGUGAAUUAUGAGCGCCGAAGAAAGUUUCACACCGAAACGAGAGCGUACCAAGUCUCGUAGUUCAUGCAAGGUAUGUGGUGAUAGAUCGUCAGGGAAACAUUACGGUGUCCUGACCUGCGAUGGUUGCCGAGGAUUUUUCAAAAGGAGCGUGAGAAGAAGUCUUAGCUACAGCUGUAAGAAUUUCGGCGACUGCGUGGUUGACGUGAGCAGACGUAACCAAUGUCAGGCAUGCCGUUUGAAGAAAUGUUAUGAAGUAGAGAUGAAUCCAGAUGCUGUGCAACACGAACGAGCGCCGCGGUCAUUCACCAAAGCUAAAAGCUCAAUCACAGCAGCCAAAAACAGAGAGAGGAGAAAGAGAUCCAUUUCGAAGGUUAAAUACGAAAAAGACCAGCUCAGUUCGGAACCUACUUCCCCAUAUUCGUCGCCAAUAUCUCCUGAUCAAUGGAACGAGCUUGAGAGUAGUGUUGACACGGUUUUUUCGAGUUUUGAUGCUCGCAUGAAAAAGGAUGACGACGAGUGUAAUUUUUCAUUUAAUGAAAAAACCAAUGGCGAUCACCAGCUAAUGCAUGGUAGUCCAAACAUUACCAAUCACAACACUGGCAAUGAACGAGACGACCAAGAGAAGACAAGGAAAAACAAUUCCAGUUUUCAAAUGUCUAACGGUAGCACCGAAGGCGAGAGUUCCGUUAAUUACGACGAAACCAAUACCAGCAAGAACAGCAACAUCAAUCAAAGCGACGUCGUUGAAACAAGCGUGAACGGUACCAAUGACUCGAGUAAAAGCGGAGAAGAUAUAAACAACAACAGCAGCGCAUCCCAAGCAACGACACAUACCGGUUUCGUUAGUGAACAAGCUGCACACGAUUUAUCGACUCAAGUUGUUUUGCCACCCAGUUCGUUCUCUCUCUACGACUCGUCCAUCCAGUUACUUUACAUGUCUGUGAGUUGGGCACGUAGCAUCCCAAUGUUCAUGGAUUUACCAUUUCGCGAUCAAGCAAUUUUGCUGGAAGAAGCAUGGAGCGAGCUGUUUCUUCUCAACGCCGUUCACUACUCCCUACCCGUUGAUAUGACAACAUUGUUUUCGGCCACAGAUCGAAAUGCAAGCCAGUCAGUAACCUCAAAAGUCGUCAAAGAAAUACGAACACUACAAAAUGUUGUGGCUCGAUUUCAUCAGUUGCAGAUGAACACAGUUGAAUACGCUUGUUUGAAAGCCAUAGUGCUAUUUAAGUCCGAUCUCCGUGGUUUACGAGCUCCUCGCGACAUCGAAAAGCUUCAAGACCAAGCCCAAGUCAUGCUUAAUGAUUACUGUCAAACACACCUCCCCUCCUCUGAUAAUGCUCGGUUUGGCAAACUGCUCCUUACAUUGCCAUUACUUCGCUCUGUUAACCCGAAGAUUAUCGAGCAGGUUUUCUUCUUUAGAGCUGGUGAAGUCAUUCAGAUAGAAAGAAUCCUUUGCGAUAUGUUCAAGGCUUGUUAAUUGAAUUGUACCCAAUCACGUAAUAAAUUAAUAUUAUUUUGAGCCCGCUGUUCAAUAUACUGUAUAUGUAUUACACAAUUGUAAAUGUACGAAUGUAACAAACAGUAAAUGCAUUAUGGAAAAGAAGAGAAAGAAAACAUUUCCAACACGAUUCAAAUUAAAAAACCUUCCACGAGAGGUGAAGUUUAGUUUCGUGAGUAUAAGCAUCUCAGCGGCUGGUUACGUACAUAGAUUUAUACGCACAAGAUUAUAUUAUAUUAAUUUAAUUAUUUUAUAUUAUACUAUAUUAAAAACAAAGCCUGAAGUAAAUAAUCUCUGGUCCACGUGUGCGAGCGUGCCAUGUGCGGAAUUUUCAGACCUAUGUUCAUACGACAGUCGUUUUGAUCUCCUUAUUUUUGACGUUAGUAUUUUAGCAGCUUUAGUACUAACAAGUGAAUUUUUCA